AUCACUGGCGUGGGGCGUCCAGAGACAGCAGAAACAGGAGAGACGGUUGAUCCACAGCUCCGGCUCUGGAAAUCCUAACGAAGAAGCCAUGGGGGGCUUUGCCCACCAGGACUGUAGGCGACAACGCAUUUGCUCCGGCCGUCGGGUGAUCCUCAUCCUGAUGGGACUUCUGGCUGUGGUUACCCUCUCCCUCGUCGUCUUAGGCUUCGUGGGGCGCAACUACUCCACAACUUUGUGGAAGAUGAAGGAAGAUGUGAAAGCCAGCAAUCACACCUUGGCCGUGGAGUUAGCUGAUCUGCAACAAAAGGGUGAGUCACACAAAAUCCCAGAUUUGGGGAAAAUAGACAAAAGAAAGAAAGAAAGAAAGAAAGAAAACAGACAAGUGAAGUCCCAGUUCUUGGAUCAAAUCAACAAACUUCAAGGAACUCUCCAGAAACUGAACUGCGAUUUGGAGGACACAAAACACAAGCGGAAAGGGCCGGCAAGCGGCUGCUGCCCCAGAGGCUGGCAUCUGUUUCAGCAGGGCUGCUACUGGCUCUCCUCUGCCGAAAACAGCUGGACCGAAGCCAAAGAGGAUUGCGAAGAGAAGAACGCCCACCUGGUGGCCAUCACCAGCUACUUAGAGCAGGUGGACUCUGACUCUCAGAAUUCCUCGUCCAAUUACAGGGACUGGUGGCCUGAAAACCCGAACAGUGUGCCCUUCUACUGCACCAUGAUGUACCGAGAUGGUUUGUGGAGCCAAGCCCACUGCAUGACCAAAUUAAAAUGGAUGUGUGAAAAGCUGGCGCAGCAGUGACCCCAGAGGAGACCCAGGCAUCACGGAGCCCAGGAACCAC